UUUAUGUUGGCUAUUUAUUUAGGCUAUCUAGUGUCUUCGUGCAGUUCUUAACAAUUUCACUCUGUUACACAAUGACUCAUGGUUUACAGUAACCAAACAUGUAUACUACAACGUUGUCAUUACAAAUUGGAACUAUUUCACCAGUGUCUUGGUGAUAGCUGAGAAGUAGGUUAUUAUGACACAAAUAAAAUGUGUAAUGUUGGUGCAAGUAUUUUGCAUUGCCAGAAUUAGUACACACCCCAGAGCAACAGAUGGCAGUCAUGAGUAACAUGGGUUCAUUCAUGUCCAAUGAUGUCAGCAGAAGAAGACAGCAAGAGUUCCUGAAUCCAAGCUGGCUGUAACGUGGAAAGCUGCAGCAGUGCUGAAGACACGAGUUCUACAUUGCUUUGCAUUAUGCCUCUGAAGAAAGCUGUCAUUGUCCCCGGCAAUGGAGCCGGGGACGUGGAACAUUGCAACUGGUAUGGUUGGGCAAACAAGCAAAUUAAUAAGAUCCCAGACGUGACUUGCCAGUUGAAAAACAUGCCUGACCCGGUGACAGCCCGCGAGACAAUAUGGCUUCCCUUCAUGGAGAAGGAGCUCCAGUGUGACGAGGACACUGUCAUCAUCGGCCACAGCUCCGGGGCAGCGGCCGCCAUGCGUUUUGCAGAGACGCACAAGGUCUUCGCCAUCGUGCUGGUCGGGGCGUACGUCUCGGACCUGGGGGACGAGAACGAGGCGGAGAGCGGCUACUUCAGUCGGCCCUGGGAGUGGGAGCGCAUGCGGGCCAACGCGGGGCACAUCGUGCAGUUCGGGUCAACGGACGACCCCUUCCUGCCCUGGGACGAACAGGAGCAGGUGGCCAAGGGCCUGCAGGCCGACCUGCACAAGUACACGGACCGGGGACACUUCAUGAACACGCACUUCCCAGAACUGAUUAACGUGGUGAAGAAGCUUAAAGAAAUGGACUAAUUUGGAGCAGGGGUUCUCAGUCGGUCAAUAUUAACAUUGCCAAGAAACCUGAAGAAAUUGAUCAGAAAGGAUCAGAUCUACAACCAGCUUUUCAGCCUGCUCUUUUCUGACUGAACUAUAGUGGGAAAACUCUCAUUCACAAUCAAGUCAGUAACAUAGCCAGGGAAUUGAAAUAAUUUUUUUUA